UUUUUCUUACUUCAUUUCAAUUCUCUUUAUUUUCUCAAUCACAUUUUCAGUACAAUUAUCGCAUCCUCCAAAUUUCAUUAUUCAGUCUCUAUUUGUGUUGGUUACAAAUUAAGCGCCAAUUGUAUUUUUAUACUUGUUACAAAUUGAACUAGUAGUAGUAGUAAUUAGUUAUCUGUGGCUGCUAUAGAGACAGACAGAUCUAUAUAUAUAUAGUAGUAGUAUCUAUUAUAUCACACAACACAGAAUUAGGAAUGGGAAUAAUGAGCUCAGAUGAUGAUCAAAGAGCUGUUGCUGUGAUCAUGGUUGGUGGCCCCACUAAAGGUACUCGAUUCAGACCGUUAUCACUGAAUAUUCCGAAGCCACUUUUCCCAUUGGCAGGACAGCCAAUGGUUCAUCAUCCAAUCUCUGCCUGUAAGAAGAUACCGAACCUAGCACAGAUUUAUCUUGUUGGCUUUUAUGAGGAGCGCGAGUUUGCCCUAUAUGUGUCCUCCAUCUCUAAUGAGCUGAAAGUCCCUGUCAGAUACUUGAAAGAGGACAAGCCACAUGGGUCUGCUGGUGGAUUAUACAAUUUCAGAGAUCUUAUCAUGGAAGAUAACCCGUCACAUAUCUUCUUGCUGAACUGUGAUGUUUGUUGCAGCUUCCCAUUAACUGAGAUGCUUGAGGCUCAUAAAAGAUAUGGUGGAAUGGGAACAAUCCUCGUAAUUAAGGUCUCCCCUGAAUCAGCAGACCAAUUUGGAGAGCUGGUAGCUGAUUCUAGUUCCAAUGAGUUGCUGCAUUAUACAGAGAAACCUGAAACUUUUGUCAGUGACCGAAUAAAUUGUGGUGUUUAUGUAUUUACACCAGAGAUCUUUACUGCCAUUCAGGGUGUAUCUACACAACGAAAAGACAGAGCUAACCUAAGACGUCAAUCCAGCUUUGAAGCCCUACAAUCUGCAACAAGGAGUCUUCCUGCAGAGUUUGUUAGAUUGGACCAAGAUAUAUUAUCACCACUUGCAGGAAAGAAGCAGUUGUACACGUAUGAAACUAUGGACUUUUGGGAACAAAUAAAAACACCUGGAAUGUCUUUGAAAUGCUCUGGCUUGUAUCUUUCUCUGUUUCGCCACACCUCACCGCAUCUUUUGACCGAAGGAGAUGGUUCAAAGAGUGUCGCCAUAAUCGGUGAUGUUUACAUUCACCCGUCAGCAAAAGUUCAUCCAACAGCAAAGAUUGGUCCAAAUGUAUCGAUAUCCGCUAAUGCACGUAUAGGAGCUGGUGUACGGCUGAUCAACUGUAUCAUUCUUGACGAUGUUGAAAUCAAGGAAAAUGCAGUUGUUAUUCAUUCAAUUGUUGGUUGGAAAUGUUCUAUUGGACGGUGGUCACGUGUACAGGCUGAAGGAGAUCACAAUGCAAAGCUUGGUGUGACAAUCCUUGGUGAAGCUGUUAAUGUUGAAGAUGAAGUAGUGGUAAUCAAUUGCAUUGUCCUUCCUAACAAGACUCUGAAUGUUAGUGUUCAACAUGAAAUCAUCUUAUAACAAAGCAAGAUGAUGGCAUCUCAUGGUCAAACCCUAAUUCUGUACGUGCUCAGUGCUCUCGUCAUUUAAUAUCUUUUCCGAACCAAUACUUCGUGUUCCCAAUUGGAUGGUAUAUAAGGCAGUGGUAAUAACAUAAUGAAGUUAGUAGGGAAUUUGUAUUCUUUUUAUAUUGUGCAAGUUUGAUCAUGCAACAAGCACCUGUAUUAUUUCCUAAAUCUUGUAUAAUAAACUAUCAUUUCGCCUUUUUCAUCAAAA